CCGAAAUCAGUGUAAAAUCCGGGAAGAGAGACGAAAGAGAGAGAGAGAGCGGGAUAAGGGCAUGAAGAGGUCGUUUGGCGGUGGCAGAGGAAUGGGUGGCGGCAGUGGUGGAGGAGGUGGCAGCAUGUUAAAGAUAGUCCAAAGGGCCGUGAGGACUGGCGUUGGUAGUGGUGGUGCAGCCCCAGAGUCCUUUUCUCAUUCAACCACCACCGCCACCGCCACCACGACCAACACUUCUAAACCAAGACCCACUUACAAGCCAAAUACUUCAAACGUUCCUUCACUGUCCUCUUCAACUAGUUCAACACCUUUUUCUUCAUUCAACCUUCCAAUAUCCGCCACCUCCACCGGACCCACUUGGCCUUCUUGUUCAUCCCCUACCUAUAGUAAUGAUGAGUUUGAUUGGGAGUGUGUUGAUGGAAUUGAAGAUGAAAGGGCAAUUGGGUUUUAUGAUGAUUUUGUUUUUGGGACUGUUCCAUCUGAGGAUGAAGUUCAACGUGCAAUCUCUGCUCUUCAACAAGUCCUUGAUCCAGCCUCAUUUUCACAGUUCAUGAAGGAUAGACUUGCUUAUAACUCAAAUAAGGAUGUUGGAGAUCAAGCUAGUUGUCCAACCGGUACCAUACAAAGAGUCACUUCUGUUGGAUCUGACCUGGAUUGGAUUGAGCCCUCACUGCAUCUAUGUAAUUCACAAAUAUUGCAGUCCCACGGAUCUGAAAGAGUUUAUGACGCUUUCCAUUUAUUGCAGACUGAGCCUUCUAUCCAGAGAAUGGUAAUAUCAUUAUCAUCAGAUAAAGCUGUUUGGGAUGCUGUUUUGAACAAUGAGGUGGUUCGGGAGCUUAGAGAGACACUCAAUGAAGCUGACAACAAUGUUCUCGAGGGUUCAGAUGAGGGUCCUGAUGGCUCCAAUGCAGCAACGGACAUACUAAGUUGGAUCUUUGUCAACACUAAGGCAAAAAUCGUGGAAGUAAUUGAGAGAAUUACGAAGCUGGUAAAUGAGUUGUUUCAGCCUCCUGACAGUGAGAAGACAGUAGCAGCAGCCACAGAUCCAUUCAAGGAAACACUAAGAACUUCUUUCCUACUCUCAGUUGUGGUCCUCUUGAUUGUGGUUGUUACUCGAGCCCAUAGGGCUUGAUCAUUAUUCGACGACAUGACAGAGGGUGUCUCCCCUCACAGACUUGCAAGGGCGGUAGCUUUCCCACCAUCUUGUAGGUUGAGUUGUUUUUCGCUACAGAAAUGUAUAUGUUGACAUGGCUGGUUUUGUGUACAGGGAACAUAGUUGUACUUCAUAAAGUCUUGUUUGGUUGCUAGCUAUGGAAGUCUUGUAUGGAAGGUUAUGGGGGCAUUGGAAAGUGUUAAAACGUGUAUAAAAUUGUUGGAACUCGAUACUUUUUAGAUGCUUAUUAGUAUCAAGUUUCUAGAAUACAGUAGUAAGAACUGACCUCUUGAUUAUGACUCAUACAAGUUAAAGGUUAAAUUCAUAU